CUGCCCCCUGUCCAGAACGAGCCAGUGGUGCGGCUGCUGGAGGGCAUGGUCGACUGCGACCCAGUGUACGAGUAUGCAGGUACAGUGUUGAGACACAUCGAUCUGCACUUUAGGCCACUUGUAGGUUGCGUGUGAUGGAAAAAUAUAAAUAAAGGGACUCAGAAUUCCAGAACGGUGAAGAUAAGACGGAAGAUAUUUACAGUCGUAAGAAAAAAAAGUAAGAAAUAAAGCGGUGUAGAUAUAUAAGCAAAGUUCAGUUCGGCAAAUCCGCUUACGGCACGGUGUUGCACGUCGGCAUUGGCAUGGAGUUGGCAGGCUCGCUUGGCACAAGCGGAUGUUUCCCAGCAAGCUUGGUUAACAGCCCCACGGGCCUGGAUUUGUCUGUCCGGGCUCUUCCUUGGCUGCCAGGACCACUGCUGUCUAGCCGGGUUCCCUGUCGUGCCCGCCCUUUUUUCACGUAUCACAAGCCUGUGUCAUCUUCCUCUCAUCACGUCUUCCUUUUUCAUUAUAUCCAUCUCUUGCUUUGGCCUUGCUGCCUUCGUCUUCUAGUUACUCACACCUUCACCACGUUCACUGCGUCUUCUUUCUCGUUUUUUGCUCAGUCCAACUCACAGUUUUCAUGUAUGUCGUUCUUAUCAUCCUUGGUUCCCCCCCCCCCGUCACAGUGUGCACCUCACAAGGGAUUGGUAACACAGAAUCCAUUCUAUAGCUUUGUUUUAAUGUUGCACAAAUUAACCGGCGACAAUGGCGCCCAAGCGUGGUAUGCUACUCACUCGCAGAAAUUUCACGAGGCUUGGUUUCUUCUUUUGGUAAGCCUUUUUCCACUCCCCGUGUUUCCUACCGUCCCGUGCUUCGGUCACGUCCGCGUUUGUUGUAUUGGUUUGUUUUUGACCGUUCGUUUUGUGACUGCGGCAAUGGUUUCGCACGCUUGUGUUGGUUUCUGGGCGGCGUUUCUUUUUCUGUGCUUGCAGCCAUGCUCACACGGGAGCAGGAAGCUGCAGUGGCCGCAGCGGCACAAAUGAACCUGCUCAAAAGGUCGCGGUGAUAUGCAACUUCGUGAUGCAGCGCAUGGCCCUCACGCCUGGCCAGCAGGAGACCCCGCCGCAAGAGCCCCGACCACACUUGACUGUACCAGUCUACGUGGGGUACGACGACGUUAAGUCCGUGGCAGACUUCUUGGGGGAGUUGCAGACGUACCACCUUGCCUACGGUGCCUCGUAAGCCUUCAUCAUGGACCGCAUUGUCCCGCUGGUGUUGCAAGCCAGUGCUAGAAGCUGGUUGGGGUUGCAGGCCCCGUUCACGAGCCAGACAAGGCUUCGAGAAGAGUUCCUGCCUGUGGACUACGCAACGCAGAUUCUCCGAGAGCUCGAGGCAAGGCCGCAGCACUUGGACGAAAGUCAGGACCGGUACGUUCAGGUCAUGCAAGAGCUCUUCAAGAGGGCGGACCCGAAUACACCGGAGUCGGACAGAGUAGCUCGGGUCAGAAGACUGUGCCACCCAAGAUACCACGCCUGCCUCAUCGAGGAAGCUCUUCAUGCUGAGCGGAACUACGUGCUGCCGCCACCAGCCAAGUACGCACUCAAACCAGCAUGCCCCGAGGCCUCCACGGAAGUGGACUGUUCGAAUGAGACCUCUCCUCCCCACCACAUCAACCGGGAGAGUUGGCGUGACAUGUAUGGCGUUCGACUAACUCUCAUCGAGAGGUCCCUGGAGGUCACAGCAGUGCCUGUGAGGAUCUCGGGCGGGGGUCGCCACGACAGGUGGGAGGUCGUUGGCCGUGCCCUAUCGCAAGUUGGGGCCCAACGGAGAUCACUACCCAAGCGAACCAUUUGUAUCAGUGUGCUCCUGCAAGUGCUGGGGAAAACUGGCACGCUGCGGUCGAAAUCCCGCAGCAAAGCAGCAUUGACCCCCGCCGCAACGGAACAAGCCCUCCCCACAACAGCUAAUCACAAGCCUGGUAGAGGCCUUCCCAUAGUGGUUCUUUACCAGAUCACUGGAGGCGGACACCUCGGUGUGGGUGACCUAAGCAGGCAACUGUUGUCGGACUGCUGCUACAGGUGCGAGCAGCCCGACCACCAACGAAACUAGUGUCCAAGACUUCUGGACACUACAAACAAGAGGUGGCACGAGACGGCGGGAAAGGGGCUGGAACCAGAACAAGCAGGGAAACUACCACGGCCGCCAACGCUGAAACCAGACAGCCACUGGCUGAAAGCCGUUACAGUCCCGGUGCUGCGGCAGUGAGGCCGCAGCACAGAUUCCAUUGGAAUGUCGAAUCCAGCCUGAGCCUAUCAUCAUUGAACCGUGCAUGACGAUCACUUUGCUCAGUUUUCCUUUUGCUGCACUUUUGGAUUCUGGGGCCGCUAUCUCACUUAGAGGGGAUUUCGUUUUCGAACUCCGCAAAGCAAGAAAGAUAAGUCUCCGGGAAUGCGAAAUUCGACUACAGCUAGCUUCUCUGACCUUCGAGAGGCUUGAGAAAAUCUAGACGUCGCCCGAGUGCAGCAGUCGUAACGGUACAACUAGGGGCAACGUGACCUGCAGUUCGAGUUGUCGCAGUUUAAUUUGGAUACAGCUGACGGCAGCAAAGGGCUGGAACCAGAACAUCCAGGGAAACUACCACGGCCGCUAACGUUGAAACCAAACAGCCACUGGCUGAAAGCCGUUACAGUCCCGGUGCUGCGGCAGUGAGGCCGCAGCACAGAUUCCAUCGGAAUGUCGAAUCCAGCCCGAGCCUAUCAUCAUUGAACCGUGCAUGACGAUGACUUUGCUCGGUUUUCCUUUUGCUGCACUUUUGGAUUCUGGGGCCGCUAUCUCACUUAGAGGGGAUUUCGUUUUCGAACUCUGCAAAGCAAAAAAGAUAAGUCUCCGGGAAUGCGAAAUGCGACUACAGCUAGCUUCUCUGACAACCUUCGAGAGGCCUGAGGAGAUCUAGACGUCGCCCGAGUGCAGCAGUCGUAACGGUACAACCAGGGGCAAUGUGACCUGCAGUGCAUUUCAUGCCGUGCAAUUUAUAAACAUUGUACCUCGUGCUAACGGCUUGUAAUCCAGAUAUCGGUUUACCCAUCUUGUGACAGGGGACAACUACCUACCUGGCAGCCCUUCUAU